AUCAACGAGCAAAUUUCAACCCAUAUAGUAGCCACAAAACCCACUGCUUACCUACUCUCAACUUCCAAUCAAAUUCGUCCAACGUUUUUCAUUUCAUUCCAAAAGGAACGUGUCAGAGCCAGCCAACUUACCGGAGCUCGACUACUCCUUCAUCCUCGUGCUUCGUAUCCCAGAGUGGCCGAAGAAGGGAUCAAUUUGAUGCCCGGCACCAUGACCGAUAUUCGAUUCAGCGUCUACGAAUGGUCAAUGAUGGAACCACCUCACGGUCGAUGCAGUACGAGCACUCCGGUUUCAAUCAAUUUCAAUCAUGUCAACUACAGUUAUUCUGAAGAAGCCUGCCACAAGCAUGUUCGACAACUCAAAGUUGUGCAAACCUGUAAUUGUCUCACACAGUCUCUACCAAUUCCUACUGAAUUGUUGGAUAGAAAGCUAGACAGAUGCGAAGCGUUCAGAUUUCCAGCAACAAUCGAUCUGUCUAACAAUUUCAACACAACGAAACAAAGUUACUUCAACAAUGACUCUAUUGCACGUCUUGUACAAUCUUCCCGUUGUGCUGAAGAGAUUCUAACAAAACUUGACAGUUCAGCCACUGGCUGUCGGCCGGCUUGCGUGCGGUACACUUACAGACCCAGCAUAACUGCAGCCCAAUGGCCAACAAAAACAUUUCUUACGUGGUUUGUGACUAAGUUUCUGAAACGAAUCACAACCGCCACCAUUCGUGGCAGACCUCACAUGACCGAAGCAGAACAAGCCAGAGUGCAAGAAUCAUUGGAUGAAUUGCAAGAAUUGUUAUCACCUUACGAAGAAAUUCUCAACCUUACCAGAGCGGGCAAACAAGCCGAGGCGAUUCAAAAACUAAUGUCAACCGAAAUCUUUGAACGCAAUUUUCUUGCCAUCGUAAUUUCUCGACCGAAUUUUGACGUUGAGCGAGUGGAGGAAAAAGCUGUGGUGUCGCUGACUUCAUUAUUCAGCCAGAUUGGUGGACUGUUGAGUAUCUGGGUUGGUUUGACUUUUGUUUGCAUUGUUGAACUGGUGGAGCUUGGUCUGAACGUAGCCGAUACGGUGUUGCAUCAUCGCCGGAAGCGUGGA